GUCAAAACAGGCCAGCUUGCCUGCUACUUAAGUCGAUGGCGUCACAGGAGAUGAGGAGGAGGAGAUUAAAGCAGAGAUCAACAUGUUAAAGAAGUACAGCCAUCACAGGAACAUUGCAACCUAUUAUGGAGCCUUCGUCAAGAAAAACCCUCCUGGGAUGGAUGACCAGCUCUGGCUGGUGAUGGAGUUCUGCGGAGCCGGAUCGGUGACAGAUCUGAUCAAAAACACCAAAGGGAACUCUCUGAAGGAGGAAUGGAUCGCCUAUGUCUGCAGGGAGAUCCUCAGGGGUCUGACCCAUCUCCACCAGCACAAGGUCAUCCACAGAGAUAUCAAGGGCCAGAACGUGUUGCUGACGGAGAACGCUGAGGUUAAACUAGUGGACUUUGGUGUGAGCGCUCAGCUGGAUCGUACGGUGGGUCGCAGAAACACGUUUAUCGGGACGCCGUACUGGAUGGCCCCGGAGGUCAUCGCCUGUGACGAGAACCCAGACGCCACGUAUGACUUCAAGAGUGAUCUGUGGUCGCUCGGUAUCACAGCCAUAGAGAUGGCAGAGGGAGCACCACCUCUGUGUGACAUGCAUCCAAUGAGAGCGCUCUUCCUCAUCCCCAGAAAUCCUGCCCCCAGACUCAAGUCAAAGAAGUGGUCGAAAAAGUUCCAGUCGUUCAUAGAUAGCUGUCUGGUGAAGAGCCACAGCCAGAGGCCGAGCACUGAGCAGCUCCUCAAGCACCCGUUCAUCAGGGACCUUCCCAACGAGCGGCAGGUCCGCAUCCAGCUGAAGGACCACAUCGACCGCACCAAGAAGAGGAGGGGGGAGAGGGAUGAGACAGAAUACGAGUACAGUGGGAGCGAGGAGGAGGACGAAGAGAGGGAUGUUGGAGAGCCAAGCUCCAUCAUCAACAUUCCCGGGGAGUCCACUCUGAGACGGGACUUCCUGCGCCUUCAGUUGGCCAAUAAGGAGCGGUCGGAGCUGAUCCGGCGUCAGCAGCUGGAGCAGCAGCAGAACGAGGAGCACAAACGCCAACUGCUGGCCGAGAGGCAGAAACGCAUCGAGGAGCAGAAAGAACAGAGGCGACGGUUGGAGGAGCAACAGCGCCGGGAGCGAGAGAUGAGGAAGCAACAGGAGCGUGAACAGAGGAGGAGGUACGAAGAGAUGGAGCAGCUCCGCCGGGAGGAGGAGCGGAGGCACGCAGAGAGAGAACAGGAGUACAUCCGUAGACAGCUGGAGGAGGAACAGAGGCAGUUGGAGAUCCUGCAGCAGCAGCUCCUGCAGGAGCAGGCUUUACUGCUGAUGGCCCACCUGGUGCAGGUGAAGAGUCACGGUCUGUCAGGGUCCCAGUCUCUGUACGACCCCCACGGCGUGUCCUCCUCCUCGGCGUCGCCCUCCCCCUCCCGGCCUCCCAUGCCCCGGCAGAACUCCGACCCCACCUCCGACACCCCUCCUCCCCCGCCCCUCUCCCGCCUGGCGCCCCCCCUCGACAAGUUGGACCGCAGCUCCUGGCUGCGUCAGGACGACGACAUGCCCCCCAAGGUUCCUCAGAGGACGACCUCCAUCUCUCCUGCUCUGGUCAGGAAGCACUCUCCUGGAAAUGGACCUGGCCUGGGACCUCGGGCUGGAGCUCACCUCAUACGGGCUAGACCUGACAGCUCUGGCCAAAGAGCUGCGAGAGCUGCGGCAGGGCGAGGAAACCAGCCGCCCGCCUGUCAAAGUGACGGACUACUCGUCAUCCAGCGAAGACUCUCACAGCAGCGAGGAUGAGGAGGGCGAGGGCGGCGCCAAUGACGGAUCCGUGGCCGUCAGCGAUAUACCACGCAUCAUGCCAGCAGCAAGUCAAGGUACCAACGAGUCCUUCGGCAUGAUAGGAGGUCACAACGACGCCCACGACGACUCGUAUGGGAACAGCUCCCAGGACAGCACACUAAUGAUGCGCGAGUACGGGAUGGGAAGCAGCGGAGGCUCCAAGGCUUCCUUCACACCGUUCGUUGAUCCGAGGGUGUAUGGGACCUCCCCGACUGACGACGACGAUAACAUCUCGGCCUCAGCGCUGUUUGCUGACGAGCUGCUGAAGCACGAGCAGGAGCAGGCGAGGCUCAACGAGGCCAGGAAGAUCUCUGUGGUCAACGUGAACCCGACCAACAUCCGACCGCACAGCGACACACCCGAGAUCCGCAAAUACAAGAAACGCUUCAACUCUGAGAUCCUCUGUGCUGCUCUCUGGGGAGUUAAUCUUCUUGUGGGGACGGAGAACGGCCUGAUGCUGCUGGAUCGAAGCGGUCAAGGGAAAGUUUACAAUCUGAUCAAUCGACGGCGCUUCCAACAGAUGGACGUCCUGGAGGGACUCAACGUCCUGGUCACCAUCUCAGGGAAGAAGAACAAGUUGCGAGUUUACUACCUGUCCUGGCUGAGGAACAGGAUAUUACACAACGAUCCUGAAGUGGAAAAGAAACAGGGUUGGAUCACUGUUGGGGAGCUGGAGGGCUGUGUGCACUAUAAAGUCGUGAAGUAUGAGAGGAUUAAAUUCUUGGUGAUUGCUCUGAAGAACUCGGUGGAGAUCUACGCCUGGGCGCCUAAACCUUACCACAAGUUUAUGGCCUUCAAGUCGUUCACUGACCUGCAGCAUCGCCCCCAGCUGGUUGAUCUGACCGUGGAGGAGGGACAGAGGUUAAAGGUCAUCUACGGCUCCAGUGUCGGCUUCCACGUCAUCGAUGUGGACUCUGGAAACCCCUACGACAUCUACAUCCCCUCACAUUACGAGGACGAGGGCGUCUACGUCAACACCUACGGACGCAUCACCAAAGACGUGGUGCUGCAGUGGGG